GUGAACAACGGUAAACCGUUACAAAAAUGAGCCGAUAAAAGACAGUUAGAGAAAGUUCUGUACCGGUAACCGUAGGUAUUCUGUGCUUUUGUCACAAGACCACUCAGAAGAACUUACUCAAACUUAUUGAAAGCUUUUCUAACCGGGUUCUGUUUUACCGGUAAACCGUUACCGUUGCAUGCCUAUGCGUUAUGUAAUUUCAAAUAAUUAUACCUUAAAUAACAUGUAAAUCAACUAGAUUACAAUCGAAUCCAAACCUAGAAUUUAUAAGACAGCUGAUAUGACACUUUUUAUAACAGCUUGUAUGACACUUGGCACAAGCACAUAGUAUAAGAACUUGUAUUUGUAUUGCUUAGUAAUAACAACUAUAACUUAGACAAAACGUCGUGUAUAAGUUCGAGCUAUUAAAAAUAAAUAUGUAUAACAGACAAGCUAUUAAAACAACUUAGUUAAAACGUUUUGUCGCUACUUACAUCAUAGUACUAAUUUUGACACUACACCACGAUUCAUUCCACCUGUUGCUGUACUUGGUGUUUUGUUAUAGGUUAAGCCUGUGAUGAAACUAAAACUAACUAUCAAUAAUCGAGAAAAAACUGUUCUUAUUGUUAGAUCAAUUGGCAUGAUUUGAUCAAGGAAGGAUUAGAUGCCAGUGAACUGGCGUCAAAUAUUUGUUAUAUCUUUAAAUUGCAGUCUAAUAAACAGAUAACUUUAUCAACAUCAGAUAUACAAAAUAUUACAAAUCUGUGUCCAAAAGCUGUAGAUGAUGAUCUGUUAACAUUCCUAAAUGAUAUCGGUGGAAAAAGUCAAUUAUUAACACUGGUCUCAAAUUAUAUUACCGAUCUAAACAGUUUAGCUCAAAUUGUUUCUGAUCCAAGUCAGUUAAAUAAUAUUAAAUUGGAGGCAAUUAUAGUACAAAAGAUGAAAUCAAAAUUAGAAUUAAGAGGUGAAAUAAUAAACGAUCCCGGAUGGAUAAAUGGUGGAGAAUUAUUGGAUAAAAUAUGUAAAUUAUAUCCAACAUUAGCAUCGUUUCGUUUUUUAUCCUAUGAUGAGUUACAGUCCAAAUGUGGCUUCAAUGGAGAUAAAACUACUCGUUCACAACGAAAUAUUUUGGAAAAAAUAUGGAUGAAUGGAAACGAUUUACGUAUGGCUAUGGACAAAUAUAAUUUACCUUUGAUAAUAACAAAAGAUUUGGAAGAAAAAGGUGUUCGAGCAUUAGAUCAACUUAGCCGAGACCAUGUUGCCACGUUAAUUAAUGAUAAUCAUAGAAAAACAAAGGAAAAUUCAUCUAGAAUGGCAAACAAAGAUAAAGGGUUAGCUAGAGACGAAGAUUUGAAAUUUAAAGCUAAAUUAAAUCAUUUAUAUAAAAUCGAAAGUAAAAAUGGUAAAACGGAAAAUAUAAAACGGAAUGAUGAUUUACAAGAGAGAAAAAUUCGUACAGAUGAAGCUAUUAAGUCGGUCAAUGAAAUAGGUACGAAAUUAAAAGAUAAUGCUUCACAUAGUACAGCACAAGUAAAACAAUCAUUAGAUAGUGUAGCGCAAAAACUAAACGUUAACUGGAAGUAUAGUGAAGAUGAAUUGAAAAAUCCAGACGUAUUAUUAGACACAAUAUUAAAGGAUUUAAAAAUUGUCCAAGAAACAUAUAAUAGUGCUUCUUGUUUACCAGAUAAAAGUGAUGAAGAUAUUAUUGCCCAUGUUGGAGGUGGAGCUGCCUUAUACGGAAUACAAUUAACUGAUUUAAGUCACUUAGGUAAAGAAGCAACACUACCAAUGUUACGGCGUCCACUAUGUUGUGAGCUCACAAAUCCAAAGAAAACAUUCAUAGAUCAAACAAGAAAAUUCACAAGUUUAAAUGCUUCGAAUGAGUUUCGAAAAACAAUAGAAACAGGUGGUUGGACCCUUGCUGUUGAAGUCUCCGCAUCAGGAUGGGGAGCUUCUGGGUCAGCGUCGUAUUCGAAUAGUGAAACAACAACAACAGAUCAUACUAAACAAAACAAAAAACAAUCAACAGAUUUAAUAUUAACUCAGUAUUCAUUUGUUCCAAUGAAAUCAUUUCGAAUUCCACUUGAAGAAAUGAAGUUAUCAAUUGAAGCUGAAGAAGCGUUAAUGGGUGUUACUAACGUACCAACAGCUAAAGAAUUUUUAAGCAAGUUUAAUUCACAUAUUAGCAAUGCUUUACAAACAGUUGGUGGUAUAUUUAGAUCUACAAUUACAGUUCAUACAGAAGAAGAGACCGAUCUAGAACAAUUGCAAGAAAUUGCAUCUAAAAGUCAGAAAGCAUCUGCAAAAGCCGGUUAUUCAGGUUUUGGAUGUAGUGUAAGCGUUGCAGUAUCACAUGAAACAUUCAAUGUAAAGGGGUCAACAACAAACUCCGAAAAAAUAGAACGAACAGCAACAAUAUCAACUGAUACUGAAUGUUGGGGCCCUGCAUGCAAAAAUUCUGAAUUAUUUAAAGUAACCUUACAAGCUAAUAAUUCAACAUGGUAUUUAAUUGAUCGCAACGAACUCUCUACAUUCGUUCCUAUAUGGAUAAUUGUUGAAAGAUCAUAUACAGAACCGACAUUGAUUGCUGCGGCUGAGAAAAUUAAACAAGAAUGGAUGAGACAAGCAAAAAAGAAUGCUCAUAUACCAAUAAUUCAAUUAGAAAUUCAACGUGUAUUAGUUCAUGAAGAUUGUAAUCCAAAAGAUGAAGAUUGGACUGUUCCCCCAUUACAAGGAGGAGAUAUGAAAAGACUAGAUCUUGAUGGUAAAGUAGCAAUGAUUGAUGAUGCUAUAAGCGAAAUUUUAGGAAAAAAUCUUGAUCUGAAUAAAAUGGCAACAAGUGCCCUGAUACGUAAUAUUGGUGUGAUAUUUCGAACAGUUGUUAAUGAAUCUGAACAAUAUGGUUCUUCUUUAUUACCUGUACUUCUCCAACCUAAGUCAUCACUAACAUCUUUCUUAAUGGCUUUAGCUCGUUUGUCGGAUUCAGUUAAAAUUAAUCACGUUUCAUCAUUAUUGGCAACAAUAUUUACCAAAGAAAAAUUACAACAAUUUAAAAGUGAAUACCAUUUACAGCUACAUCCAGAAAUUGAUACAUUAAUACUAAAAGGUAUAAAUGCAAAUGAUGGUAAAACAAAAUUUGAAGUAGGUAAUCAAAUACAAUUCAAUAGUUUAUUUAAUACAUCAACUAUUCCAUUACAACAGCUUCCAUCCUUUCUUAAAUCAUUAAUGGAAGAGCAAAUUACGAAUGAUAUAUUCAAACUUGGCGAUUUCAAUUUGCAUGUCACUGCUCUUAUUAGCAAAAGUUUAGAAAACAGUACUGAAUUAGCUGACAAAGGAGGAUUGCAAGACAUUGGUCUAUUACAUGUGCAACAAACGAAAAAUCUACUACAAAAAUAUGGAUGGUUACAUAGUCAUGAUGCAUUUGUUAUGGAAUUAAGCCAACAAGGUUUGGAAACUUUGUUUGAUAACAUGAAUAUUAUUCUAACAAAGAAGAAUACAGGUCCGUUACAAACACCAGUGGGGAUACCCGACUCAAUUACUCCUUCUGUUUCUUUUAGUAAUAUUACUAAAAACGACUAUAUUAUUAAAUAUCACUAUACUGAUUGGUUGGUUGAUCGUCCAUUACCUACUACAAACACACCCAUAGUAAGGUUUAUGGAUGAGUUACGUCACAGACUCAAAAUUACAUCAUCAUUAAUAACGGAAUCACGAUCUAUAGAGGCAACAACACAACGAAGUGGCGGCCUUUCUUCAACAUGGACUAAAUCGAAGGAGAAGCAAGCAAGUUAUGCAACGAUUCCAUCAUCAUAUUCUGUCUAUAAUACAUUGAUUCAUUUGGUUAAUCAUUCGGAUAUAUCGAGUCAGAUUGAAUUAUUUCGUUUAAUAAUUGAACGUCGUUCUGCUGUACCCAUACUAGUACCAAAUCUAGACAGAUUAUUUUUAACAGACGAAUUACCGUUUCAAUACAAUAUUGAUGCAUUAUCUUUUGUUAAUACAAAAUUAGCUCAACAACGUGAUUUUAAUCUGGCUUAUGAUUGUUCAUUAAUACGUAUAGCUAUUAUUUCAAUGAGAUCUAUACAACAUAGUGAAAGUAGUGAAUGGAUGAAACAAAUAUUCUCAUGUUAUUCAAUUUCUCUAUUGUCUUUAUCAGCGAUUAAUUGUAUUAUCAAUGAUCAAUGCAUCGGUGAAAUUGGUGUAGGUUUUAUUCCAAACAUCGGCCAUAAUCAGAAUGAUACUAAAGUGUACAAAGAUGAAAAAAAUCAAGCUGUAUUAUUGUUACAUGUAAUUGGUGAUUAUAAAUCAUUAUGGCCAUUUAUUCGCAAUUUUGCUGAUAUAAUAAUGGUAGAAGAAGAUCCUACUCAUGAUGUUCGCUUUCAACCGAUUCUACCACUACAUGAUGAUUGCGCGUUAAUUACAUGGAAAGUGUCAUUAGCUCAGUUUGGUUACGAAGAAAUCGAUGAGAAUAAUUUUCAUUUUUAUGGUAGUGUUAAUCAGACUGUUCAAGACAUAAGAGAAUUAUUAUCGGGUGCGCAUAUUAAAUAUCAAGGUAAAUCUCGGAAAGAAUUGUAUUCAAUAAAUAACGCUGAAUUAUAUAAACGUAAUUCUAUUGACUUAAUUAAUGUUGAAACUGUUGUAAAAUCUCAAAAUUAUGCUAUAUUACGCCGUGAAGAAUUAAAAUUACAAAAAAUAUUUGCUUUAGAAGCUGAAAAUGUCACUCUUUAUUAUAAGGCUAGAAAUAAAGCUGCAGAACAACAAGCAAUAGAUUAUGAAAUUAAAAAAUGCAGACAAAAUCGUAUAAUUGAAGCUUCUUCAACUGAAACUCAUUUACUAAUACAAUGUUUUAUUGGUAUUUUAUCACAUCCGGACGAUUCUACAAGAAUGUUAGGCAUACAUCAGUUAAUAACAGGAAUGGAAAAGUAUUCCAAAGAUGCUAUGACAAAAAUUAUACAACAAAAAGACUUGGCAUUUAAUAUUUAUGAUAAAGAUCAAAAGAAUGAGGAAAAAAAACAUGCGUAUUUCGAUGCUAAGCGGAUAUAUUCCAGCAGUAUUGUAGGAAUUGAACAUUUAUGGAGGGAACUAUGUCAUUUAUAUGCAACUAAUACUAUAAAAUAUGCAACGUUACCACUAUUGGCUGCUCAACAUUUAAUUGAUGGAUUUACAUUAGAAUUAUUAGAUGGUGAUGCUGGAAUGUUAGAACCAGUAUGGAUUAAAGCUGUAUUUGGACAUGUACAAAAACGCCUUGAAGAACUGCGCAAACAAGCAGAUUCAAAUAGCACAGCAGAAAAACCAAUUCGUAUUUGUGUAUUAAGUAUUAUAGGUUGCCAAAGUAGUGGGAAAUCAACAUUAUUGAACUUAAUGUUCGGUACUCGACUACGAACAAGUGCUGGACAAUGUACUCGUGGUGUGAAUAUGCAGCUGAUAAGAGUCGAAAAUCGUAAAGAAAAAUACGAUUACAUAUUAGUAUUAGACACUGAAGGUAUACGAGCACCCGAAUAUGCUGGAUUACAAGAUUCAUCAUGGAGAGACAACAGAAUAGCAACAUUUGCUAUAUUACCAGCUGAUGUAACAAUUAUUUGUGUUAAUAGUGAAGAUGAUAGUGCAGCGCGCGAAGUAUUGCCAAUAGUAAUGCUAACACAUCAACAAAGUGAAUUAGCUACAUCAACAAGUGGUCAUAAUAAUCGAUUAAGUACACGUAUAUUUUUUGUUUAUGUACGUGUUGACACAAAUGAUACGAAAAAAUUAGUAACACCUAUACAAAGAAUGUUUAUUGAUUUGAAAGAUAAUUUAGAAAAAUUAACACAUCAGAAAAACAACAACGAUAAUAAAACUAAUGGAGAUAGCAUAGGUUUUCGUGAUUUUCGCAGUAAAGAUCCUAAUGAUCCAAAUAGUGAAAUUGGUGAUGCAAGAAGUGAUAUAAAAUUUUUAGGUAAAUUAAAAAUGGGUGAUACACCACCAGAUGAUUUACCAAAUACAGAAUUUGGUCAAUCUGUUAUUGAACUAAAUGACUAUAUAUAUCAACGCCUCGUAACAGAAACUGCUGAUGGUCAAUGGGAAGCAAGAGAACUGAAACAUUUUACUGAUUAUCUAGAGUUAAUAUGGUCAUGUAUACUAUCAGCUGAUUUUGGUUUAACAUUUAAAACGGUAAUGGAACGUCGCUUAUAUGAAGAAUUAGAUAUGUAUUUAGCUAAACAACGGUCAAUAGUCGCUAAUUUAUAUUCAACAAUCUAUGAGGAAAUUGCAGAAGAAAUAGGUAAAGAAUUAUCAUUGUCGUCACCCGAUCAAACUGAUAAAUGUAAAAGCGAAAUAGCAAAAUACAAAGCGAAAUUAAAAAGAGAUUCUAACGAAAUAACCGAAAAAAUUAACCAAGAAGUGCUCGAAGAAUUAAAAAAGAACGAUGAGCAUUAUCAGCAAUGGCACGAUCAUAGCAAACAAAAUUGGAAAACAUUUACUACUACACGAUUAGAGAUAUAUGAUUCACGUAUUCGUGAAUUAAUUACUAAUCGGUUAACAUAUGAUAGUAAAUUAAUUUCUUGUCAAAAACAAAUACGUGCAGAUAUAACAAAAUUAUUUCAAGAUAAAACUAAAGAAAACAAACAUAUAUUAAAGACUGAAGAAGAAAAAAAAUCAGAAUUUAAUACAAUUUAUAAGAAAAUAAUUCAUGAGACCGAACAAAGUCAUCCACAAAUAAAUGUUGAAAAAUCAAUAACAGAAGUAUAUAGUCAAAAUAAGCGUGUUUGGCAAUUUCAUCAAGUUACUUCAACAAAUAUUCAAUUAAUAUCAAAAGAUAAUAAUGAGUCCUAUUUUGAUCGAUUUAUGAAGUAUAUUUGGCCAAAUAGAAAAGAUAAAAAACGAAAAUCAACAGUUGAUGAAGAACAAUUUUUAAGAAAUUUAUGUUCAGAAAUUGAAAAUUUAUUACAAUCUAUAACAUGUUAUGAUGAUGAUAUAACACAACAAGCUAUUUUAAAAACACAAAAUCAUAUAGAUACAAGUCAUUAUGUACAAGAUACACUUAUAAAUCGAGCACAUCAAUUAGUUUAUCAAUUAUUAAUAGAAAAAUUAACACGAAUUCAACAUAAAUGGGAAAGUCAAAAUUCUAUUACAGUUCGAUUGAAAAAUGCAAAAGCAGAUUUAUGGAAAUUUUAUAAAAAUACUGAUCAAGGUAUUGUUGGUGCUGAAUUAUUAAGUAGCGAACUGGCAACAGUUUUAAAUAAAUGGUGGAAAGUAGGAUAUAAAACUUCGUUAUGUAAAUAUAUUGCCAAUGAUUUACAGCCAGAAAGUUGGGUAUCCAAUAGUGUUGUCUUAUUAGCAUAUGCUGAUUUAGAAUUACUGGAACUUAUCGAAAAAAGAAAAAUUACUGAAAUGAUAGAAAGAGUAACAAACUGUAGCAGUCAUUAUGGAUUAAUUGUUAACAAGUUAAUUAAAAGUAAACUUGAUAAAUGUUUUAAAGGACAACGGGUAUUAUAUGAUGACAAAAUAAAACGUGAAUUAAGUACAGCAGUAGCAGAAACAAAAGCAUUUGAAGCUCCAUUAUGUACAGAUCCGGAUGAAAUUCGUCAAGGGAGCACAGAGUUUUUUUUCUCUAAAUUAAAAGAAUAUUUACCAUUAACGUUUACGGAUCCAUUAUCAGCAUUAAAUGUAACAGAUUAUACUGCAUGUGAUAAAGAAACAGUUGAAGGAUGGGACAAUAUUCUUAAAAAUAUGUUAACACAUUUAUCUUCGAAAGAAGACUUAACAUUUUCAGAUGAUGAAGUAACAUUAAUGGUUGAAUUGAUUCGAAAUCUUAUAAUUACUAAUAAUGAUAGUAAUGCUGUCAAAUUACGUUGUAGUAUACCAUGUCCAGAAUGUGGUGCACCGUGUAAACGUUCUUAUGGCCAUAUGGUUUUAAAAGGUGAACGACAUGAUUGUGAUCAUCAACCAAGUGGAUUAAGUGGAAAUGAAUGGAUCCAUAAUUUAGAAUUGCUACAUGAAUCAUGCUCACAAAAUGUUGCAGCAUUUCCACAACCUUAUUUUAUUGUUGAUGAGGUUUAUUAUCCAUAUUCAAACUUUUCACAAUUUUAUACUGAAUGGAAACAACCGAUAUCUGAACCAAAUGCAAAUCCUCAAAAUAGAGUUCGAGAAUACAUAUUUUACCACUAUCAACAGGAAUUAUGUGAUUAUCACAAGAAGGGCAAAAAACCCUGUUCUAAUAUACCAAAAACUUACAAUCACUCAGUCACUAGUAUGAAGGCCUAUGCUGAAAUGAUUCGAGAUGCAUGA